AUGAGUGAAACUUUGACUACAUCUUCUUCUAUUGCAUCUACAACAAAAAAGCGUCAUAAAAGUCAUUCAUUUCUUAAAGACAUAUCAUUGUCUGCUAAUAUCCAUAAUAAACAACUGCCAAACCAUCGCUAUCAACAUCAUUUAAGUCGAUCUACUUCAGAUAGUGGUACGAAACAGUCAAAAGAGGCUUUACAAACAGCAACACUACCUACUCAAUAUAGUAACUCUACCCUUCAUAGAACAACACCAGACAAUCAUCAUGCGUCAUCUACGAAUAGUUUUCUAUUUAAUUUUGGACUCAAGUCAUCAAGAAAGCAAAGCACCCACUUAUCUUCAAAGGAAUUUUGUAAAGGUCAACAAACAAGAUCUUUAAGUACGACAGUAAGACCGUUAAAGAACUUUUUAACCUCUUCAAAAUCAACAUAUAGUCGACUUUCAAUCAUUAGUUCACCAACAAAUAAUCCAGAAGCGGCAAUAGCUAUGAAUCCUUUAAAGAAACAUUCACAGCAUGUUACAAGUAUAACCUCCAGUAGUGAAAAUUUAAUAUCAACAAAACCUAUUUUACCAGUUGGGUUACAACAAGAUAUCACCCGAUUUGCAAUGAAUGGAUUUGCUCAAAAAUAUUUCUCGACUCAUAAAAAAGGAUUAUUUAGAAGGAGAGUUCCUAUGGCGAAGAUGUUGAAAUGGACAAAAGAUCCUAUUAAACAACCUUUAAUUAUGUUGAACAAGGAUCUCUAUAAGGAUGCGCUUAGAUGCUUUAAAAUGAUUCAAACAAUUAUGGGUGAUAGACCACCUCACAAAUCACUACCACGACCUCAUAAUGUAAUAGAAGAUAUACAGAGUAUUUUGAGCUGUGGUAUUACUAAAGGUCAAAUGCGUGAUGAAAUAUAUGUACAAGUUUGUAAACAAUUGAACAAUAAUCCAAAUGGGGAUAGUAUUCGUAAAGGUUGGGAAAUCCUCUGUAUCAUCAGUACUACCUUUCCUCCUUCAAAGAACUUGGAGACUUAUUUAACUAGUUUUGUUGAACAGAAUCAUGCUAUUGAAGAAAAUCAUGUAGGUAUCAUUAGUCAACAUGUUUCAACAAAGUUAAAGCGUGCAUGUAUUAGAGGUGCAAAAGGAAAAGUAUUGACAAUUGCAGAAAUUCAACGAGCCAAAGAAGCACCAUUUAAACCGUCUGUAUUUGGUGAAUCACUCAGUUUUAUUAUCAAUUUACAAAAAGAUACAUCAUCGUUGCAAAUACCUCAAAUUGUACCCUUUUUAACAAAUGCUGUAUUGCAAGCAAAUGGUAAAUAUUCAGAAGGUAUAUUUCGUGUUCCAGGAGAUGCAGAUGCAGUGACAGACUUGAGGAUUAAAAUUGAAAAUGGACAUUAUGAUGCAAUAGGCGUUACAGAUCCAAAUGUACCUGCUUCAUUACUCAAGUAUUGGUUAAGGGAUUUAGCAGAGCCCAUUAUUCCUUCUAAAGAUUACGAGGAUUGUAUUCAAUUUGCAGAAGAUGCAGAAAAGGCAACUACUAUUAUUAAUCGAUUACCUGAUACAAAUAGGCGUAUUAUAUUGUUUAUUAUUAGUUUUUUACAAGAAUUUACAUCGGAUCCGGCUAUUAUUAAAAAUACAUUAAUGAACGUCAAUAACCUUGCUAUGGUCUUUGCACCUAAUUUUUUACGUUGUCCAUCAGAAAGUUUAACAACAGUCUUUGAAAAUUCGAAAUAUGAACAAGCCUUUUUAAGAACGUUGAUUAAUCAAAUGGUAGCAGAUGCCGAUGCGUGUGCUUACGAUCCUGAUAAUAGUAAGGCCAUUGGAAUUUUAUUGCAACAAUAA